CAGUAGUAGUGUGAAUGCCAUGCGAUAUUUUUAGUUUGUUUAGAGUAGCGAGGUAGUGCGCAACAUGAGACUUCAUUUUAAUAAUUAUAAUCUUUGAAUAUACCAUUAUUCGGCAUACCCUUGGGCCAAACGAUUUUGACAUAAACAAAACAACACAAUGACCGUGAAACUUCCAAGAUGGGCAAACAAUUCGGACAAAUUUUCCUUAUUUUUACUAUUAUUCUUAGUCUGGGCGAUUGCGUACUCAAUUUUUGGAGACGAGCACGUUGGGGUGAAUAGUGUGAUUUUUCGGCUGGCGGUUUUAUUUAUUGUCGCCAAAUUGGCUGGUUGCCUACUUGGUUUAAUCAGAAUACCGCCAAUGAUAGGCAUGCUGUUAAUCGGCGUGUUGAUGAGGAAUGUGGGUUUUAUUGAAAUUGUUGGAGACUAUGCUAAAUUUACAUCGGUGUUAAGACAGUUAGCUCUGGUGAAUAUCUUGCUCCCGGCGGGGCUUGGACUUGACGCAAAUGCACUGAGACAAAUGGGAGGGAUGAUCGCCAACUUGGCCGUAGUUCCGGUGGCGAUAGAAGUUGUUGGUAUUACAAUUUUGGCACACCUCACCCUGGAUUUCCCGUGGUUAUGGGGAUCACUCCUAGGAUUACUACUGGCGGCGGUUUCUCCGGCGGUCAUCAUUCCUUGUCUGUUCGAAUUGCAAGAUCUUGGAUACGGGGUGGAUAAGGGAAUACACACACUUGUCAUUGCGGCAUCCACUUUGAACGAUAUUCUAUGCAUCGCAAUUUUCGGUGUAAUGCUGGGAAUCAUAUUCAGCACUCAAAGUCUUCUGAUGCAGAUAUUUUACGGGCCUAUUAUUUUCGCUAUGGGUUUUGCCUUUGGGGCUGCUUUAGGAUUUGUGUGUCAACACGUUCCGCACAAAGACGAGACCUACGUAACCACACUACGUACUCUUUUACUUGGGUUGGGCUGUGUAUUAGCGGCACUGGGAAGUAACGCAAUCGGUUAUAUGGGUGCGGGUCCGUUGGGUUGCAUGGUAGCGGCUUUCGUCGCCAGUUUCAUAUGGAAGAAGCAGGGCUGGAGUAGCAAUAAUCCAGUCAAGGCCAACUUUGUUUUGUUAUGGAAGUUUUUUGAACCGAUUUCCUUCGCGCUCAUAGGCGUUGAGGUUAAUUUCAGUAUUUUAGAGACCAACACUGUCACUUGGGGUCUACUUGUUCUCUGUGUCCCUUUAUUGUUGCGAAUACUUACCUCAUUUGCUACCACUCAGUGUAGCAAUUUAAAUGUAAAAGAAAAAAUAUUUGUGGCUCUCUCUUGGAUACCAAAGGCUACUGUGCAGGCGACCUUGGGUCCGACGGCUUUGGUGUUAGCGCGAAAUUUGAACGACCCUGUUUUGGAAGGCUACGCGAACAGCGUUGUUAUUAUCGCGGUAAUAUCAAUAAUCAUUACGUCCCCUAUUGGCGCCAUUUUAAUCAUGCAAUUGGGGCCUAAACUGUUGAAGAGGACCAAGACAGUCCAUUACAGGAAUUUUGGGUUUUGGCUCAGGAUGACAGUUCACCCACAGUUGGACGUAUGAAAGACACUUAACCACCGGUAGUAAAAUUGUCAGUUCAAAUACGUUAGAGUAAUCAAAUGGCAUUCUCUACCGACAUAAAUAAAAUUUCAAGCUUCUGUCAUUUGGAAAACUUAAAUCCAAUUUUUCGUCGCUCAUCAACUGAAUGAAAUAAUCUGAACAAAUCGUGGUCAAAUUGCCACUAAAUUCGAUAAGGGCUGCAUCGAAAGGCAGACUGGUGGUCUUAGAGUUAUUGAUUUUCAAAGCAGAGUUAAGAUUCAGGUGUUCUUAAAUAAUUAUUAAACGAAUCGAUUGUAUUGUUACGAAGUGCCUUUCAUGCCUUAUUCUAAGCCAAAGCAUAUAUAAGCAAAGGCAUUCUGAGAGACAAUACAACUGGAUGUUACGUGUUCUAAAUUAUCGUGAUCUUAAAACACCUGAAACCGUGUUAGGUUUCAUUGAACGACAGACAAUCAUGGUUCCGAGUUUUCUGUCUCUUAUUUAGGUAUAGGUGCCUACUACUUUUUGACUUGACGCAUUAGUUGCAUUUGUUCCCGAUUUUCUGAUUUAAUUUCUUAUUUAUUGUUUUCAUUUAAAAUUUUCGCACUGAUGAUUAGGUUUUUUUACAAUAAGGGCAAGUUAUUACAACCCGGCAAAAUAAUGCGUCUAAACUGGUGGGUGGGAUAAGGAUAACAUGAGCUUUACGACAUAGGUGAUAGGCGUUUGUAUAUUGAUAUCAAUUAUACACUGAUUUGCCCAUAAUUUUUGCAUUUAAAAUAAGUAAUCCCUUUCGCUAGGUUUAAUAAUUAAUUUAAUUGGCUCCCUCGAGCCCUCCUGAAAAGCUUUGAGAGCAGAUUUUUAAUUUAAUGUAGCUGAUUCGAGUCUUUCGCUUUCAAUAUACUACACGCAUAAUAAUAACGAGUUGCUAACUUCAUCAUUAUAUUUUAAUUUUACCCAUUUACAAGUUAAAAAUUCCGUUUGAAUUUGCACUUUUUUCCUCUUAUUUGAGAAAUUGGCUCCAAGAUUUCUUUUAAGCGACGCCAGUCUUGUAAAGUUUUGUAUACUUCGUUGAAUUAUAGACUAAAUCUGAUAAUCUAGAUUUAACCAAACUCAUAAAUGUUGAAACCUCCCUCAACGGUAUCGUCAAUAGGACCCCAAUUAAAUGACAUGAACUUGAGACAUUUUUUCCAGUCACCUCUAAAUUUCAGAAAUUUUUUUAAAGC